AUGUCAACAUUACAUAAUAAUAGCGAUGGUGAUAAAAAAUCGAAUGAUACAAUAAAGCCAACAUCAACAGCAUCUACAACCACCUCUUCUGCGACAUCCACAACUUCAUCAACAUCUGCAACUAAACCUUCAGAUGUUAGUCACAGUACAAUGAGUAGUGGUGCAACAUUAACAAAAAAUAAAUCAAGUAUAACCUCAACCGCAACAACUGUAAAAAAAACACCAACAACAUUAUCUUCAUCAACAAAUAAAACAAAAACAUCAACACCAUCAGCAUUAAAGUCAGUAUUAUCAUCAAACUCGUCACUUUCAAAUACAUUUCCUGGUCCAAGAAAAUCAACAUCUUCAGGAACAACAUCUACAACAUCAUCAAAUAGCGCAUCAAGUACAAUGACAACAAAAAAAUUAACUGAUAAAUUAUCGACACCAACACUAUCAUCCUCGAUGAAAAAUAAAAAGCCAAUAUCAUCACUAUCAAAACCAACAGCUGCAUCAUCCCUAAAACAAAAUACUUCAUCAACAGCACCAGCACCAACAUCUUCAUCCACUGACAGAAAGAGUUUAACAACAUCAGGUUCAGCACUUAAACCUCCAAUUAGUACCUCAGCUACCAGUAGUAAUUCGUCAACAAGCAAACUACCAACACCAUCAGUUUCACCAACCCCACCAUCAACAACUAAAAAUACACCAUCAGAUUCUUCACCAACAUUAAGUUCUUCAAAUUUAUCAGAUAAAACAUUAAAUACAACAGCGCCAACAAACAUAAAAGAUAAAGUACAUUCAACAUUAACAACCAAAGAUUUACAUACAACCAAAGAUACACAUACAGCAACAUCAACAACAGCAACAUCAUCUAGCAGUGGUAAAUUAACAUCAUCACUUCACAAACCAACACCAAGUCCAUCAAAGAGACCAAUAACUACAACAUCAACUACAAGUGGUAGAAUAUCAUUAUUAAGUCCAAGCAGACCAACAGGAUCCAAUUUGUCAUCAACAACAUCAACACCAAAUGGCAAACCAGUAGCACCAAGGGAUAGUUUAACAAAUAAGGAUCCAACCCAACUACGUGAUACCAUUAGAACACUUCAAAGAGAAAGAGAAGAUUUAAUGAAUAAAAACCAUGACCUUCAAAACAAAAUAAUAGAUUCUGACUCAAAACUUUACAAUUUAGAUGCGACAUUAGAGAAACUUAAAAUCGAUUUAAAGACUGUUACAUUAGAAAGAGAUACUCAUAAACAAAAAGUGGUACGUUUAGAAAAUCAAUUAAAGAGCGAAAUUGACGACCUCACAAGAAAGCUUGAAGAAUCUGAUGCCAAAUUUGAAUUUUCAAAUGAAAGAUAUAGCCAAAUGUUAACACGUUAUCAACAAUCUCUUAAUACCAUGGAUGAAAUGAAAAAUAAAUUUAGAGAUUCAAUUAUAUCACAAAAACAAGAGUAUAUAAAUAUUCAAAAUAAAUUAGAAAGUGCAAAUAAAAAAAUUGAAGAAUUAGAAUCAAAUUUAAAAAACAGUACAAAUAGUUUUACUAGUAGUAACAGUAGUAGCGGUAAUGAAAAAAUUUCACCUCCUCAACAAACAAAGCAAUUACAACAACCACAACAACCACAACAACCACAACAACUACAACCACAACCACAACCUCAACCAACUCAACAACAACCAAAUCAAAACCUAAAUUUAAAUAAUGUGAAACAUCCAAUGCAACCUCAACCAUUAUUAGAUCCAUUAAGUUUAAAAUCCAAUUCACCACAAGUACAACAUAAUAAUCAACACCCACAAAUUCAAAUGCAACCACCCCAACUUCAAACUGUUUCAACUACAUCCCAACCACUUUUUACAAACAAUCCCAAUAGCUCAUUAAAAACGAUACCACCAACACAACAAAACCAAUUACAAAACCAACAACAAAACCAACAACAACAACAACCAAUAAAAUCAAAUCCAAUUCAAAUUAAUAAUAAUCAGCAACCACAACAACCUCAACAACAACAAUCUAAAGAAAGUACAACACCAAAUGGUAAAUCUGGGAUUUUUUCAGGAUGGUUCUAA